ACAGUAAAAGCCUGGCAUGCAAGUGGAUGCCUUGCCUCUGCGUGCAUGCAUGUGUGCGUCCCCUCAUGGUUCUCCCAGCCCUUCCCUCUCAGCCCAGUAGACAGUGUGAUCUUGAGGAGGCCACAGGCACAGCAGCACCAUGGCCUCAGCCACCUCUGUGACCAGCCUGGCAGAUGAGGUCAACUGCCCCAUCUGCCAAGGCACCCUCAGGGAACCAGUCACCAUCGCCUGUGGCCACAACUUCUGCCGCGGAUGCCUCACCCGGUACUGCGAGAUCCCAGGCCCAGACCCUGAGGAGCCCCCAACCUGCCCACUCUGCAAGGAGCCUUUCCAUCCAGGGAGCUUCCGGCCCAACUGGCAGCUGGCCAGUGUGGUGGAGAACAUCGAGCGCCUCAGGCUGGUGUCCACACCAGGCUCGGAAGAGGAGGACAUCUGCCCAGAGCACGGAGAGAAAAUCUAUUUCUUCUGCGAGGAUGAUGAGGUGCAGCUGUGUGUGGUGUGCCGGGAGGCCUGGGAGCACCAAGCCCACACCAUACGCUUCCUGGAGGCUGCAGCAGGUCCCUAUAGGGAACAAAUACAGAAGUGUCUUGAGUGUCUGAGAAAAGAGAGAGAGGAGAUUCAAGAAAUCCAGUCAAGAGAAAAUCAAAGGAUACAAGUCCUCCUGACCCAGGUGGCCACCAAGAGACAAAAAGUGGUUUCUGAGUUUGCACAUCUGAGCCAGUUCCUGGAGGAGCAGCAGAGCAUCCUCUUGGCCCAGUUGGAGAGGCUGGAUGGGGAAAUCUUGAAGCAACAGGACGAGUUUGAUGUCGUGGUGGCUGGGGAGAUCUGCAGGUUUAGCGCCCUGAUUGCGGAACUGGAGGAAAAGAGCAAGAGGCAGCCCAGGGAGCUCCUGACGGAUAUCAGAAGCACUCUAAUAAGAUGUGAAACCAGAAAGUGCCGGAAACCCGAGGCUGUGUCCCUUGACCUGGGCCAGAGGAUUCGGGACUUUCCCCAGCAAGCCAUCCCGCUGCAGAGGGAGAUGAAGAUGUUUCUGGAAAAACUCUGCUUUGAGUUGGACUAUGAGCCAGCUCACAUCUGCCUAGAUCCCCAGACUUCCCACCCCAAGCUCCUCUUGUCUGAGGACCACCAGCGGGCUCGGUUCUCCUACAAAUGGCAGAACUCGCCAGACACCCCUCAGCGUUUUGACAGAGCCACCUGUGUCCUGGCCCAUCGUGGCUUCACGCGGGGGAGACACACGUGGGUGGUGAGCGUGGACUUGGCCCAUGGUGGCAGCUGCACCGUGGGCGUGGUAAGCCAGGAUGUGCAGCGCAAGGGGGAGCUGCGGCUGCGGCCUGAGGAGGGCGUGUGGGCUGUGCGGCUGGCCUGGGGCUUUGUGUCGGCACUCGGCUCCUUCCCCACGCGACUGGCCCUGGAGGAGCAGCCUCGGCAGGUGCAGGUAUCUCUUGACUAUGAAGUGGGCUGGGUGACCUUUGUCAAUGCCGUCACCCAGGAGCCCAUCUACACCUUCACUGCCUCCUUCACCCAGAAGGUCUUUCCUUUCUUUGGGCUCUGGGGCCGAGGGUCCAGUUUCUCCCUGAGCUCUUAAGAGGUUGCAGUUACUCAUCCUGAGAUACUAGGCUCAAGUAGAAGACCAUCUGAACUUGAUGUCUGGCUGCAUCACCUGGAAGAUUUGGAACGUAAAUUACUGCUUUAGAUGAUGUGAUACAGUCAAGACUUUGGCAAGGGACAAGGUGCCAUGACUUUUAACUUGCUGAUCAAGCCCUUUGCCCAAGCCCCAGGGAUGUUCAGGGUCCAGGGACUCUGGUCACUGCCUGCCUUCCUCACCAUCAUCCCCACUGGACACAGAGGUAGCUGUGGAGAGGAAGUAGUACUGGAUUUGGAGCCAGAAUACCUGGGCUCUAGACCCAGCCCUGGAACCAACCAAUUGUGCGAUCUUACGCAAGGCACCUCACCUCUCUUCAUCCUGUUUUCUUCCAAAAAUGUUAGGGUUCAUUUAUUCAAACCGUCCAGAUACGAAAAGAAAAAAAGAACUUGUCAGGUAUCUGAGGGAGCUCAUGGGAAGCCACAGAGAUGCGAGGAGGGAACUAUUGCUCAAUGGGCUGGGAGAGGGCUGACUCGGGUCAGCUAAGGGAGCUCAGAGGAGGGGCAUAGCCUAGUCUGGCAGGUGGUGAGUCAGGGGCAGCUUUCUGGAAAGGGCCAGUCUAGGAGAUGAGUAUAGGAUGAGAGAAGGAAGGGAAGAAGCAUCUUCAGAAGAAGGGCUGGCAGAGAACUGGCGGGAUGAUCUGUGACCAUGGACACUGAGUCACCUCCAUUGUCCUCGUGAGCAGAUGAGCUGCCUCCUCACCCAGCACCGCUCAGGGGCCCCCUCCUCCUGGUGGUUCCACUUCUAGCUGAGAUCAAAAUGCAGGGGUUGGUGGGAAGCAUGGCCACAAACCGUAACUCAAGGACCUCAUUCAACCCUGGGAAAAAUCUCCUUCCUGAUCUAUUGAGCACCAUCUGAGGUUGAGAAAGGAGGUGGUAGAUAGGAAUGAGUCUUAAAGAGCUCAGCGGUGGGAACAGAAAUAGCACCAUCCAUACCCUUGUGCUGGGUAAAAGGAUACCAGGUGUAGGCAGGGUGAAUUGGAUCAACUGUGACCUUUAACCCAAAGAGUUGACACUGCUCCAAGGCUGGACAAGAAGUGACAUCUGAGGGACAGGGUGGAAGAGGGUGAGAAUUCGGGAACUGGAGAAAAUAUGUGGAUUUGGGAUGGAGAGCUCUGGAGGCAGGAAGCCAGGUGGCACUGGUGAGGCUCUGGCUUCGUGUCGGUGUGAAGCAGAGCACCGGUGACUCCAGAAACCCCUGCCUGGUGAAGAUUCUGGGACAGGGAUGAGCACUCACAGACA